GCGCUAGCACACCAAAGCGGCUUCGGCGCGUUUGAAGCUCCGCCGCGUUCUGGCGCUCAUUCACAGCCAGGUGCUUCAGCGAGAGCAGGAACAACACACACACACACACACACUCACUCACACACUCACACGUACACACCCCUGGCGCACACACACACACACACACACACUCACAGACACACACGCAGAAACGCGCGCGCGUACAGAGAGGGGAGCUGUUUCACUUUCUCGGAGCUUCUUUUGCUGCUGUUGCCUCACCUGAGUGGAUUUUUGGGCUCUCUCUCUCUCUCUAUCUCUCUCUCUCUCACUUUCUCUCUUUCCGUUUCUCUCUUUUGCUUUCUCUCUCGAGCUCAACCUUAAAGACGAGACGCGGACGAGAGAAUAACUUUCAGCAACUUUUUGAAACUCUUUCUCGAAAAGAAAACAUUUGGAUUUUUGUUUUGCCCUCAUGCCCUUUUUCCCGGCAAAUUGAAGUGGCAUGAUCACCAUCUGCAUCUCCCGCCAGCACGGGUGAAUACUUGCACGCGCGUUUUCACCACUCCUAAUUGCUAUUAAUUAUCAUUUGCGCCGUUAUUUGGGCGGGAGCCCGCGCUCCCCUGCCUGCGCCGCCGCCGCUGCCGCCGUCGACGCCGCCGCCGCCGCCGUCAUGUCCAAGCCUGUCGAUCACAUCAAGAGACCCAUGAACGCGUUCAUGGUGUGGUCGCGCGGCCAGAGGAGGAAGAUGGCUCAGGAGAAUCCAAAGAUGCACAACUCCGAGAUCAGCAAGAGGCUGGGCGCCGAGUGGAAGCUGCUGACGGAGUCCGAAAAGCGGCCCUACAUCGACGAGGCCAAGCGGCUGCGCGCGCAGCACAUGAAGGAGCACCCGGACUACAAGUACAGGCCAAGGCGCAAGCCCAAGAACCUGCUGAAGAAGGAACGCUACGUCUUCCCCCUGCCGUACCUGGCGGACGCGGAGCACCUGAAGGCGGCGCUUCCGGUGCCUGUCAGCGCCGCCGACCACGCGCUGGAGAAAGCGGCGGCCGCACGAGCCUUCCUGCCCCCAUCUGUCACCUCGCCCUACUCCCUCCUCGACCCGGGCCAGUUCGGCACGAGCAGUAUGGGCAAACUGGCCGGCGACAUGACCCCGUACGCGCUGAGCUCGCUGAGCUCGCUGCCCUACGCGUCCUCGCUCGGCUACCACCAGAGCGCCGGCGCCUUCGGGAGCCACCAGACGGCCCAGCAGACGCAGCAGCAGACGCAGCAGUCGCAGCACGCUGGCCCGCACGCGGCCACGCACACGCACCCGUCGCCCACCAACCCGGGCUACGUUGUGCCCUGCAACUGCGCGUGGUCCGCGGGGGGCGCGCUCCAGCCGCCCGUCGCCUACAUCCUCUUCCCUGGGAUGGGCAAGAGCGGGCUCGACCCUUACCCCUCCGCGCACGCCACGGCCAUGUAGAGGCAGCGCAGGGGGCGCAGAACACACCAGAUAGAAUAUAUAAACACAGAUAUAUUGGGGGAGGAAGAAGAAGGACAGUUUGUUCCUAAAAAAGAGGCAAAAAGAGGACAGGGACACCCCCCCCCGCCCCCC